AUGGGCGUCGAACUUACCUACCAGGAUGUUGCCGAGCACAACACCAAGAAGGACCUCUUCAUGGUGAUCCACGACAAGAUCUAUGACUGCACCAAGUUCGUCGACGAGCACCCCGGUGGUGAGGAGGUUCUUCUCGACGUCGGCGGUCAGGAUGCCACCGAGGCAUUCGAGGAUGUCGGCCACAGCGACGAGGCCCGCGAGACCCUGGAGCAGCUGCUCAUCGGCGACCUGAAGCGCCAGCCCGGAGACCCUGCCCCUAAGAAGCAGACCCCCGUCGCCAGCUCAGCCAGCAGCACCGAGAGCGCCGGCUUUGGCAUCGGCCUCUAUGCCGUUCUCCUUAUCGGCGGUGUCCUCGCCUACGUCGCCUACCAGUACCAGCAGCAGCAGCAGCAGGCGUCCGCAUAA